CUUCGCAGAGGGCUCCAGUCGUUCUGCCACAGGCUGGGCUUGUGCGUGAGCCGGCACCCCGUCUUCUUCCUCACCGUGCCCGCCGUCCUGACCAUCACCUUCGGCCUCAGCGCGCUCAACCACUUCCAGCCCGAGGGCGACCUGGAGCGCCUGGUCGCUCCCAGCCACAGCCUGGCCAAGAUCGAGCGCAGCCUGGCCAGCAGCCUGUUCCCCCUGGACCAGUCCAAAAGCCAGCUCUAUUCGGACUUGCACACCCCCGGGAGGUAUGGCAGGGUGAUCCUGCUCGCCCCACCCGGGGAUAAUAUUUUGCUUCAGGCUGAGGGGAUCCUGCAGACCCACCGAACCGUGCUGGAAAUGAAGGAUGGGAGGAACAGUUUUAUUGGACACCAACUAGGCGGGGUAGUGGAAGUGCCAAACAGCAAGGACCAACGGGUCAAGUCAGCCAGAGCCAUUCAAAUCACCUACUACCUCCAGACCUAUGGCUCUGCCACCCAGGACCUCAUAGGGGAGAAGUGGGAGAAUGAGUUCUGUAAGCUUAUGAGGAAGCUCCAGGGUGAGCACCAGGACCUCCAGCUCUACUCUUUAGUAUCCUUUAGCCUCUGGAGAGACUUUCAUAAGACCAGCAUCCUGGCCAGGAGCAAGGUCCUGGUGAGCCUCGUGCUGAUCUUGACCACAGCCACCCUCUCCAGCUCCAUGAAGGACUGUUUGCGCAGCAAGCCCUUCCUGGGCCUCCUGGGGGUGCUCACCGUGUGCAUCUCCAUCGUCACGGCCGCAGGGAUCUUCUUCAUCACUGAUGGGAAGUACAACUCCACCUUGCUGGGAAUCCCAUUCUUCGCCAUGGGUCAUGGAACUAAAGGAGUGUUUGAGCUUCUGUCUGGAUGGCGGAGGACCAGAGAAAAUCUGCCCUUCAAAGACAGGGUGGCAGAUGCCUACUCGGACGUGAUGGUCACCUACACCAUGACCAGCGCCCUGUACCUCAUCACCUUCGGCAUGGGCGCCAGCCCCUUCACGAACAUCGAGGCUGUCAAGGUCUUCUGCCAGAACAUGUGCGUGUCCAUCCUCUUAAACUACUUCUACAUUCUUUCCUUCUUCGGCUCCUGCCUGGUCUUCGCUGGCCAGCUGGAGCAGAACCGCUACCACAGCGUCUUCUGCUGUAAAAUCCCCUCUGCGGAGUACCUGGAGCGCAAGCCCGUGUGGUUCCAGACGGUGAUGAGCGACGGCCACCAGCAGGCAGCCCACCACGACGCGAGCCCCUACCAGCACCACUUCAUCCAGCACUUCCUGCGCGAGCAUUACAACGAGUGGGUGACCAACAUCUACGUGAAGCCCUUCGUUGUCAUCCUCUAUCUCAUCUACGCGUCCUUCUCGUUCAUGGGGUGCCUGCAGAUCAGUGACAGAGCCAACGUGGUCAACCUGCUGGCCAGCGAGUCGCCGAGCGUCUCCUAUGCGGCGGUGCAGCAGAAAUACUUCAGCAACUACAGCCCCGUGAUCGGCUUCUAUGUCUACGAGCCCCUCGAGUACUGGAACAGCAGCGUCCAGGAGGACCUCCGGAGGCUCUGCGGUGGCUUCACGGCCAUGUCCUGGGUGGAGCAGUACUACCAGUUUCUGAAAGGCAGCAACAUCAGCGCCAACAACAAGAGCGACUUCAUCGGCGUCCUGCAGGGCUCAUUUUUAAAAAAGCCAGAGUUCCAGCACUUUCGCAACGACAUCAUCUUCUCCAAGGCAGGCGAUGAGAGCAACAUCAUUGCUUCUCGCUUGUACCUGGUGGCCAGGACCAGCAGAGACAAGCAGAAGGAAGUCAUCGAAGUGUUGGAAAAGCUCAGGCCCCUGUCCCUCUCCAAGAGCAUCCGGUUCAUAGUGUUCAACCCCUCCUUUGUGUUCAUGGACCAUUAUGGCUUGUCUGUCACAGUGCCUGUUCUCAUUGCAGGCUUUGGUGUCCUCCUGGUGUUAAUCCUGACUUUUUUCCUAGUGAUCCACCCUCUGGGAAACUUCUGGCUAAUUCUUAGCGUCACCUCAAUCGAGCUGGGCGUCCUGGGCUUAAUGACAUUAUGGAACGUCGACAUGGAUUGCAUUUCUAUCUUGUGCCUUAUCUACACUUUAAAUUUUGCCAUUGACCACUGUGCACCACUGCUUUACACAUUUGUAUUAGCAACUGAGCACACCCGAACACAGUGUAUAAAAAACUCCCUGCAAGAGCAUGGGACAGCCAUUUUGCAAAAUAUUACUUCUUUUCUUAUUGGGUUGGUUCCCCUCCUCUUUGUGCCUUCGAACCUGACCUUCACACUGUUCAAAUGCUUGCUGCUCACCGGGGGUUGCACACUUCUGCACUGUUUUGUUAUCUUACCUGUGUUCCUAACCUUUUUCCCCCCUUCCAAAAAGCACCACAAGAAAAAGAAACGUGCCAAACGAAAGGAGAGAGAGGAAAUUGAAUGCAUAGAAAUUCAAGAGAACCCUGAUCAUGUCACCACAGUCUGAAGGUGUAGACUAACGGAUUGCUCUUCUUUUCCAGUAUUGCACAACGAUGCAGGGCGAGUAAAGCUCAGACCUCAGCUGCUUGAGCUGGCCAGGGGUAACUAGGCAAGUCAGAUCAAGAGUGAAUUAUUCAUGGCACAUCAAGGUGUCCGCUUCUUGGGGGGAAGAGGGAAUCGAAGAAGGGGGGAAAUUCUUUGAACCAUCUUCUCUACUAAGGAUCAGUUUCUGGAUGUGACCUUAGAGCUCUUCCAAGGAAUGGAUGAAUCAGUGAAGUGUUAGAAGGUUAAAAGAACCAACUGCUUUCAAAAAUAAAAUGCUUAAGAGAGAUGGAGAAGAGAGGGAAGGGGGCCUCCAAAUAGGGAAGACAUAGAAAAUGUCAAAGUUGCCAUGGCACUUUUCAUAUUUGUUUCUUGAACAGGUUGGUCAAAGGAAACCUAUGCACUUGGGAAGUAUAUAUUUAAUCCCAUCUAAACCAAAGGACUUCCCAAUCCAUUUUAUGUGUACAUAUAUUUGUAUAUGUGUUAUAUAUACAUAUACUUAGAUUUGUCUUUAGUGUGCAUUGACGUGUGUGGAGGGAGAUGUCCGUUUGCAGAUAGGCCGGCCUUUCUCUAGAAAGUCAAGUCAACCUUAGCCAAAUACAGGAGCAUUCAUGGCCAUUCAAAAUCAACUCAAGUGUUUCAGCAGCAGUUUUAUUCAACUGUGGUAGGCAAAAUAAUCAGAGAUGUGAAUCUACUAGAUUCUAUAUAUCGUGUGUUAAUCUUUGAGAUUCUUGCUUUGGAUGGUUUACAAAAAACCCCACAAAAGGCAUUUGAAUUAAUUACCACCUGGUCAAAGUUUAAAAAUCUCAUGUUAGAGCUAAAUACUUGACAUGGCUUUUUAUUGGCUUUUAAUGGUUUUCUGUAUUUGAAAAGACUUAUUUGGCUUCUUUCAGAAAGCUCACCCACUGCAAAUGAGCACUUAAUACAUAUUGCCUGUUCAUGUGUGUAUAAGGGUAAAUAAGUGUGUGCUUUUGUCGUGUGUGUGUGUGUGUGUGUGUGUGAACUGGGGCAUUCAAUAGUUAUAGUGUUCUCAUUUUAGAUGGUGAAAAUAUACUGCCAUGGGAUAGAGAUAAUUACCAUGAAAGAAAGGAGACAUAACUAGGAAACUUGUAGAAUGAAAUAGAGUAAAUGGACCAUUAUCACUCAUCAUGUGCCAUCGACAAGUUCUCAGUGUGAAGAAAAUAUUCUAAUCCUAUAAAGUCUAUUGUGUUCCUUGCGUUGAUAUUUGGAACAUUACCCCAGGCCACAGUCACUGUCGUAGUAGUCACUGUAACUACAGCAAUAUCGUUUUUUUAGCUCCUUGCUGUAUCAUUAUUCUUGUUACCUGAGAAGUGCUCCUCACUUGGCCCACCUUCUAGGGUGAUAGUAGCUUUCCACAGGUGGCAAUGAAUUGUAACUGCUGCUGAAUUCUCUCUCAAAAAAAGUACCGAGGUAAAUGUUUUCAUUGAGCUAAAGUUUAAAACUGCUCCCCAGCAGAUAGACUCAGUCUGUUGGGUGCUCACUUGGAUUAAUGCUGUGCUUCCUGUCACAGAAAAUUAUUAGAAAAUGCCUUUUCCCAUGCCAAGUAGUAGAAUAUGUUAAUUUUCAGGUAGGACUGAACAAAUGUCCAACGCUCAUAACAUCUGUUAUUAAGCUCUUUUUCCUUGGAAAAGAGCAACUGUUUCCCACCAACUUUGGUUGUAUAUUUUAAUUGAAUUUAAAAUAUUAAAAUUUUUUUUUAAAAAACUAAUCUCCUGGACUUAGUUAAGUUUAGAAAAGUGAUACAGUAGAUGUAGUCUUUGGAAAUGAAUUUUAUAGAUUAAUGAAGUAACAAGUGUACCUAUUACAAAUAAAGAGUUUACCACAAUAUUAAGGGAAAGGGGAACUGUCUCUAAAAUAAAAACAUUUAACCAAAUUUUAUUUUAUUAAGUGGAGUUUGUUUUGUCCUACCUUGAGGUAAUUGAGUUCCUGUUAGGAAUGAUCCAUGUCUUUUCAAUUGUGUUCACUGGGGCACAAUAUCAGUGGAUCGAGUAUGGAAAAUAAUUGCCAUAAACAUAGGGUUAUUGUUCUUACCUUAUUUGUAAAGUCUCGUCAAAGAUAACCCUAGCCUUUUACCUCUUGAACUGCUCUGCUAGGAUGAACCGGUGUUUGGCAUUAGUAGCCAUGCAGACCAUGAUCUCAUAUCUGAAGUAGACGUUUCUGAGGAGUUGGGUGUUUCUUGGGGGUGAGGGGGAUUCUUCUUUCACAGUUUACUCAUUAUUUGUGAAGAUAUGUUUUACAUCCCUUUCAAAAGGUGAGAAGUAAUCACCUGAGAAAUUCUACUAACUAUAUCACUCUACUUCUUUCCAAGACAUGCCAUACCCCCAAGCACUUACCAAUUUUUAAAAAGCUUGCCUACUUGGGUCUUUUUUUCCUUAAUUACCUUAAUUACCUCCAAUUUCACAUGUAGAGAAAGUUGCAGGGUAAUUUAUAAAGAAUCAAGCAUGCCCGUCGCCAAAUGCAUAUGGGGAUAGUGGGGUAUAUUGUCAAACCCCUAGGGUAGUUCUAAUUCCUUAAUCUACGUAGUGUCUAUUUGGAAAAGAAAAAACAUUCUUUUGGGGUUUAUAUCUUCAAGGGUUAAAGUGACUAAGAUAAAUAUGAAUUUCUUAUGGCUCAAGUUGUAACAAAGUGACUAGAGGUGUGGAAUUUUGGAAGGGACAUUAUCUUUUCCAGGACACCAUGGUACUCUUUAGUGAACUGUAGCAAUAAUUUAUUGAAAUGGAAUCUCUUGUUCUGGAAGAGUUAAUAUACCACUCAAAAUGCCCUAACUCAGUCCCAGGAAGCAACUGAAGCCCAGGAAGAAUCUAAUAGCAUCACUUGCCCUCCCAACCUCCCUCUGAAACAGAUAUUUCCAAGAAUUCCACUUACUGAAUGCCAAAACACAUCCUAAAAUAUGAGAUCAUGAUUUGCACGUAACACCCAACCUCUGCCUUUUUCAAUAGCUUGUGUGCAGCUCUCCCUGGUUUUUCAAGUUUACUCUUGUUGUUUUGUCCACUUGUGAAAUACUGAUGGUGUUCGAAUUAGGAACUUAUCUACUGCUAGAAGAUGGCCAGUCAAGUCCUAGAAGAGAAGAAACCUGCAAGAAAUGUCUCAGAUAUGUAGAACAUUUUAUUUUGUUGCACCUGUUUUUUUUUCCCCUUAAAGUGAGAGGUUUCAAGUUUGUAAUAACCAUACCUUUUCUGAAUCUAAACUGAAAUGUGGAUUUGUGUUUUUUUCCCCAUCAGAAUUUAUAUUUAAAUUAGAAAGACCAUAAGAGCUUACUCUCCAUGAUGGUUAAUAAAACUUCAAAGAGGUACUCACUUAAAUUGUAGAAAGAAAUUUGACUACAAGUUAAAUUCUUAAUCUCUUGUAGUUAAAGGUCAUCAUGUGCUGACUUCCACCAUGCUGACUUCUUUUGAAAGGGUGUACUUAAAGGUCAACCCAUUAAUUCUUCCAGGGACUGUGAACCUCUUUGAAAGUUGUGCAUGAAUAUUCCAUGAAAGAAUUAUUCACUGUAGUUGUAUCGUGUGAGUAUUCCUUUCCCAUUUCAUUCCUAUUUAUUUCCACAGAAUUUUGGUUUUACCUUGUGAGCUUAGAAGAAGAAUUGUGACAAAUGAAGCUUCCAUGAUGCUAGAAUAACCAUUCUUGAAUGUUGAUUUCAAGAGGGUGAGAGUUUUGUCCAUUUGUAAUUACCCAUUACACAGUCUCAUAAUAAGCUAAUCCUUCUAGGCUUGUUGAUAGAGCUAGGGAUUAACUAUUGCCAUUCAGAAUUACAUGUAUUUUUAUAAGUUGACUGAAAAUAUCAAAAUUACAGUCACAUAUUUUUAUGACCAAAUAGUUAUGAAUGCCUGACACUAUGCAUGCAUUGUUACUAAAUAGUACAUAGAUUUUUAAAGACACUAUUUUCAUGGUUAUUGCAACUUUUAUUAAAAUUAUCAUAUCACCUAGUAAUAAAUGCCUUGUAGGUUUUGGUCCCAAGGGCCUAAAUUCCAUAGGAAGUUCUAUCCCAAGGGGAACAAUUUAAAAAUUGACUUCCUUGGGUGUCAAUGGCAGCAACCUCUUCUAGAGUAUCUUCUGGAAAAUCCUAGAGGCUAAAUCUGGCUUCCAGGUAGAGGACAUACCAGAUCCUGUGUCAGUCAGUAAUUAAGCAUACUUUAAUGUCCUGUGUUAGCUAAUCUCAUGGUGAUCCAGAGAAUACAAUGCCUUGAAACUGAAAUUUAGAUGUUGUCUCCUGUGGAUUGGAGAGCUCAGUGAUUUGCUUAACCUCUUUCUAGAGAGAUCUCUCUAUUCAGUCUAUUUUGUUGGUGUUUGCAAAUGGUAUUGAUAAUCCUUUCAAAUGUGAACCUGAAACCUGUAACUUAUUUCAAAAGAGAUCUAGAAGAACUUUUAUUCCUUUAAAAAAAAGAAAAAAAGAAAAAAAUAUAUGUUUAGCUUUUUCUGUGUUACAAAAAAGUUUUGUGACCAAUUUUAUGACAUUGAUUCCAAACCCAUCUAUAGCUGAAUUGUUAUGCCCUUGAAAUCUCCCUACCUUGAAUCUAAACAUAAAACUCAGCAUCAUUACUGUGGUGCAGGCAUUUACACCAACCCUUUGUAAGCAAUGACCUGCCAAUAUAUUGUGUAGAGAAAAAAUGAGCUAAUUUUUUCAUUGAUUUAUCUCCAAAAUCAUGACUACAAAUAUAUUUACCCAAAUGAAAGCAUAAAAUUCACAAAUGAAAGCAACAAAGCCUCUUUGCAUUGGGUCCAGCAUGGGAGGGACUAUAUGUAGGCAUAGCAGCAAUAAAUUACUUUAAUUUCUAAGCUACAUGGCCAAGAUUUGAGUCACCAUCAUGUUUUCAUUAGAAGGACAAGAGAUAGUGUUCUGUUGGAAGUUUUGUGGAGUCAGAUCAGACAAUGUUUGGAAUAAGAUUGAAAGGAUGUUGAGAAAUGAGCCCACAUGCUUAGAAAUUAGGAUGUCUAUAAGGAGGUGUGAUGGACAGGUGGGAAAAUUCCACAUAUUUUCCAGUUUAGGAUACAGCACAGAGAAUUGCAUGGUGCCUCAAAACUAUAGACUCUUAACUGCUAACAAAUUGAUUAUAUGCAAAUAUAUCCCACUUGAAGGUUUUUUUCUCAUUUGUCAGAUUCCUAAUCUGUACUUUGCAGGGAAAGUGCACCUGAAUUUCCAAGCACGAGCCCUAGAUCAUUUUAUGGGUGAAAGUGGGUUACUAGGAAUACUCCUUGAACAGAAACCUCAAGCAAGCUCCCAGAUAAGCAUUAUUCAUUCCCAGGGAUGGCUGUUGGCAUUGAUCUGAUUUUGUACAUCCUUGAAACAUAAUUAAUACUUUUUUGAUGUUUCUCUGUUCUUAAUGAGGACCUCUCUAUUGCUCAUAGAAAAGUCACUUGCUUUUCUUAUAAAUUGAAAACCUAUUCAAAGAAAGAAAUAUAUAGGGUCAAGAAUAAUACAGAUGACUAAUCUACAGGUAACAUCAUAUCUCUUCUGCACCUCUAAAUAUGUUGUCAAAAUUAAAUGGGUUUAUCCCCUAAACUGAGAACCUCUAUAAUGUACAUAAUUUUAAUGUAUUGCGUAUUUAUAAAAAUCAUUGCUAAAUUUGUACUUUUUUAAAUGAUAGAAAUCCAGUCCCUACUAUUUUUCCCAGUUCUCAUGGGUCAUGUUAAUUAUGAAGUCUUAAAAAUCAGAAGGAAAUGUUAGAAACAGAGGAGGAGAAACAUCUACUGGUUAUGUGUGGUGCCUGCUUCAUGUCACAUGUUUGAACUGGGAUUUUUAGGAGUCAUUUCUAAGUGUGUUCUAGGUUCCCACAUGGCUAACGGCAGGGCCAGAUAGAGGAGCAGAAUGGUUUCCUUUUCCUCUGUCUUCAUGGUUAUUAGAGCAGCCCUAUUACCCACAGGAAGAACUUGGGAAAGAGUUCCUUGAAGAACUCCUUAGGAAUAACUAAGAGAGACUGUCAUGGGUAAAAGAAAAGUGGAGAUUAGUGUAAGUGUGCUGCUUUCCAGUCCUGGAUAAAUUUAUGACCUUGGAUAUUGGCAGAGAUUGCCUACACUGUGUUGUGGGGAGCAUCUAAGUUAUCUAAUGUAAGAUGUCCAAGAGAAUUUCCCUCUGGAAACUGAAAUAUCUUUCAUCAUUCCAUUUGACUGAUUUGCUGGCAAUUGGUAGCCACAGUAAGAGAGCUGGAAAAAGACCAAACUGUUAUAUUCUCGCAAGCCCUGUGGCAGUAUGCAGCAUCCAUUUUGAGGUAUAAUCAAGAAAUUCUGGCAUAUUUUCUUCUUAAACAGAAUAGUGCUGGGUACUGAUAAAUUAUACCUUAAAUUUAUCAAUGCAAAUAGCUCAAAGUUUAGCAGAGUUUAAGUACCAACCUUAUUAUACUUUCUUGUUAGUUAUGCAUAUUUUCCAGCAAUAGACUUUCUUGCUCUUAAAUAGGAAAUCUGUUGCAGAUUGUAAAGGGCAGAGAUCUCUCUAAGCUACCUCAUAAGGGUAUUUAAAGACAAAAUGGCAUGCAACCUUUGAUUAAAUGGCAAUAUAUUAAAGCCACAAAGCAAUAUUAUUUAUCACCUCUCUUGGAUGCUCUUUCACUUUAUAAGUUGAGACCAACCUAAAUGUAAAAGAAAUACCCGUAUGUGCAGUCCUAUUUGUGCAUUCUGGUUAAUAUAACAUUCAUUAAUAUGAAAUCUCUCAGGGCAGUUGUUUGGUUCUCUCUCUACAGACGUCCCAGAGCACAAAACUUGGUUCAGAAGAAUAGUUAACCUGACAUUGACUUUGAGGCAGAGCCUAUUGAGUGAGGUGCACAAUAUUCAAAUAACCUGUGAAUAAUCCCAAGUGAACUUCUUAUUCAUGGAAGGAAAAUUCAAUUUGCUUCUUUACCCUAAACAAAUAGAAAGAAACAAAGCUACCAAUAGUUGGCAUUUUACUUAAGUUUUCUCUUCCACUGGAUAUCAUUACUGUUAUUUUUGGCUAAAUUGGAGUUCUGAAACAUGGGUCACUUUUGGAAGGGUUACAAUCAGUGAGAAGAAAACUACUAAGAAGAAAAGAAACUCUCUUGUCCCAUACAUAGACAAGUUGCAGGAAUGAAAGUAAACCUUGAGUAUUUUCAUUUCUUUUCCUAAUCCUGGCUAAACAAAAUGCUAAUUUCUCUAACAAAAUAAAGAAUGAUUUAAAAGUAUGAAAUUAUAAGACUUCAGUGUCUUAUCAAUCCAAUCCAAUAGCAAACUGUCAUUUUCAGGUGUCUUUCCUUCUAAGAACAUUAUUUUUUAAAUAUUCAAUGACAUAUUGGUUCUUACCACAUCUCAUUUAUGAAAACAGCCUCACUUAUCACUCCUAAAAUAUACAAAUAAACUAAAAAGCCAUUUAAGUCUCUCUGCUUUACCACUCUGUAUUUAGGGCUCUAAAACUAAAGUUACUUAUUGAAGAAAGUUUUAAAAUUUUUUGACCAAAAAUGUCAAUAUAAAAAAUAUUACAUGUUAUAUUUUCAUUCCAAAAUAUCUUCAAAGUAGGGAAAUGCCCGAGUGCCCAUUUUAGAUCUUUCUAAGAAGCAAAUAUUCUCAUAUGAGCCCUUCAAAAUCUCAAAAUUGCCUGCAUUUGGUUCAUUAUCAAAAUUUACCUCCAUUCUCUAUAACUGAAAAUACAGUUUAUAAAUGAGAUUUUCCUAACUAUAAUAAAAAUAAAAAUAAAUUAUUCCUCAUAGGUUUGCACAUGUAAACAUACAUUUAAUGAUCACAAUAAUCUCAUAACUCAAUCCAGGGGAAUCAUGUUGCAAAUAUUUCCUUGUGUAUUUCAUUAUUAUUUUCCUCCUUUGGAUACACAGAGCUAUAAUAAUUUUAUUAAAUUCCUCAGGAUUACUCUGUUUAUGAAAUCUAUGGUCUAAAGCCUAAAGGUAAAAACAUAAGAAAAAUAACAAAGUCUUAGCUACUUACAAAAAUGUCAUCUCAGUAUAUUUACUAUAAUGCCACUAGGCAAAGGUAUUUACAGUAUUUCUGACUAUUUUGUCCUUUUAUUUUAACAGCAACAAAAAAUUAGGACCAUUAGUCAUAACAAGGAAUAGUUAGCAUAUUAAAAUAGUGAUAGAUGAUACAGGUGUUUACUCUUUAGUUCCCAGGGUCAGUUGACUUCACCAGUUCUUUCUAAAUCGCUAUUCCAAAUGCUGCAAGCUGGUCUGUCCAUGCAUUCACUGUACUCUCCUUC